GGCGGGGAAGGAGCAUGGACGGGGGCUGACGAGGGUCAAUUCCUUGGCCCCGGCGCCCUGGGAAGUGGUAGUGAGGGGCUGGAGGAGACUCGUAGUUCUGGAAGGUGGUUGUGUACGCGCACGCGCGUGUGUGUAGAGUGGUGUUUUGGGGUGGGUCUGCCAGGCUCCCAAACGGACAAGUUCCUGCCCUGAGGCGCGGUUGCCAGAGACGACUGGAGGCAGAGUCCAGGACCCCGCAAUGCCUUAGGGUGCGAGGGACUCCGGGGAUCGUCAGAGCCCCAGCCCUGUCCAGUCACCGAGUAGGAGUCGGUUGUUAUGGAGAGAGUUGUGAAUCAGUGCCUGCGUGCGCAUCAGACACACCCAUGACCUGGGGAAGGCGACCUGUCAGGGUAGACGCUACCUGUUGCCUGGUUUCCAGCCUCACGUGUCUGUCCUUGUGCUGCAUGUUAUUUCAUCAGUGGAGUUACAGAUUUUGAGGCUAAGGGGCUGAUAUCCGUCCUCACUCGUUAAUCCCUCAGAAACAAAUCUGCGGCUACAUUUUGCAGAACCUUUUAUACUUUGGUCGUUAUUAAGGCCGAGGAAGUUUGGAAACAUUUUUUAUUUUUUUCCUAAAAGCAGAAUGGGCUUGCUUUUUACCAGACAGAGAAUACAUAUUCUGGUCAACGUGUGAGGUGAUUUGGAGAAGCCAAAGUAUAAAGAUCAGCGACUACCGGUUUGACAAGAUGAGUAACAGCCACCCUCUCCGGCCCUUCACUGCAGUGGGGGAGAUUGAUCAUGUGCAUAUUUUGUCGGAACAUAUCGGUGCCUUGUUGAUUGGAGAAGAGUAUGGCGAUGUCACGUUUGUUGUGGAGAAGAAACGUUUUCCUGCCCACCGGGUAAUUUUAGCAGCCAGGUGCCAAUAUUUUAGAGCAUUACUGUAUGGUGGAAUGAGAGAGUCCCAGCCUGAAGCAGAAAUCCCUCUCCAAGAUACCACUGCUGAAGCAUUCACAAUGCUUCUCAAAUACAUCUACACCGGGCGGGCAACCCUAACAGAUGAGAAGGAGGAGGUUCUGCUGGACUUUCUAAGUCUGGCUCAUAAAUAUGGCUUUCCAGAGUUGGAGGAUUCUACUUCUGAGUAUCUCUGCACCAUACUUAACAUCCAGAAUGUCUGCAUGACUUUUGAUGUUGCCAGUCUCUACUCACUUCCCAAGUUAACCUGCAUGUGCUGCAUGUUCAUGGACAGAAAUGCUCAAGAGGUGCUCUCAAGUGAAGGCUUCCUCUCCCUUUCCAAGACAGCACUUUUAAACAUCGUAUUAAGAGAUUCAUUUGCAGCUCCUGAAAAAGAUAUUUUCUUAGCUUUGUUAAACUGGUGUAAGCACAACUCAAAGGAAGAUCAUGCUGAAAUCAUGCAGGCUGUACGUUUACCUCUUAUGAGCCUCACUGAACUUCUGAACGUUGUGAGGCCUUCGGGACUGUUGUCUCCUGAUGCCAUUCUGGACGCUAUUAAAGUACGGUCAGAGAGCCGGGACAUGGACCUCAAUUAUAGAGGCAUGCUCAUACCAGAAGAAAACAUUGCAACUAUGAAGUAUGGAGCCCAGGUUGUAAAAGGGGAACUGAAGUCUGCCCUCCUGGAUGGUGAUACUCAAAAUUACGAUUUGGAUCAUGGAUUUUCUAGGCACCCAAUUGAUGAUGAUUGCCGUUCGGGCAUUGAGAUUAAACUAGGUCAGCCGUCCAUUAUCAAUCACAUACGGAUACUCCUGUGGGACCGGGACAGCCGCUCUUACUCCUACUUUAUUGAAGUGUCAAUGGAUGAACUUGAUUGGAUCAGAGUGAUAGAUCAUUCACACUAUCUGUGUCGGUCUUGGCAAAAGUUGUAUUUUCCAGCCCGUGUUUGCAGGUAUAUUCGAAUAGUUGGGACUCACAACACAGUGAACAAGAUUUUUCACAUUGUGGCUUUUGAAUGCAUGUUUACAAACAAAAUCUUCACCUUGGAGAAGGGACUGAUAGUUCCCACAGAGAACGUUGCAACGAUUGCUGACUGUGCCAGUGUGAUUGAAGGAGUCAGUCGGAGCCGGAAUGCCUUGCUGAAUGGGGACACCAAGAAUUACGACUGGGAUUCUGGCUACACCUGUCACCAGCUAGGAAGCGGUGCAAUUGUGGUUCAGCUGGCGCAGCCAUACAUGAUUGGGUCGAUACGGCUACUACUUUGGGACUGUGAUGAUCGAAGCUAUAGCUACUAUGUUGAAGUUUCUACCAACCAGCAACAGUGGACCAUGGUGGCUGACAGAACGAAAGUCUCUUGCAAGUCCUGGCAGUCAGUGACUUUUGAAAGACAGCCUGCCUCCUUCAUCCGAAUCGUCGGGACACACAACACAGCAAAUGAGGUGUUCCACUGUGUCCACUUCGAGUGUCCGGAGCAGCAGAGCAUGCAGAAGGAGGAGAGCGGCGAGGAGCCGGGGACGGGGGACGGCGGCCCCGCGCCCCCGCAGCUGGACGCUGCCGCCCUGAGGG